UGGAAUCGACCCACGGCAAUGGGCGUGGCUUGCUUGGCAUUGAUUUAGUUGAUUAAACGGCGUAUCUGCGUGCGAAUUAGAGCACAUGCAGAAUAUAGGUAGGGAGGGGUAGAGCUUUGACUGAUAGCCCCCCUCUACUGUACUGCGGGACGACUGUUUCCUGUGCAAAGCAAAUAACAGCUUGAUUACAUACGCACGACAAAGACUGGAACACGUAUUAUUUGAUUCGUCGGUUGACCCCGUUAUCUUUGCUUUUAUAACUAACAAACAUUGAUCGAACUAACAAAUCCAUGUAUGUAGUUAAAUAUAUGAGGCUUACCCGAUUACCAGAGGAACAAUUACAUCUGAAUAGAAUUGCUCUGUGCUGACCAGAGGGGUUUAAAGGGCAGAAACCAAGUGGGGAAGAAGUGGGUUCAAAAACUUCAGUACUGUGUGCACCAUUGCGUCUGGUGAGCCCAGGAGACUGAACAUCCCUUAUCUUCUGUUCUGGAGCUCGCCGCUGUCUGUUCUUGCCUCCUGAGUCUUGAAGCUCAGACAGAGUCCUUGUGCAAGGAGGACUGUAACAACCUCUGAAUGGAUUAGCCUUGGAAACUGGCUUACAAGUGACGAAGUGAGAAAGCGAACAACGGCGUACCAGGAGGAGAGAGCCGCCUUGGCGCUGGUUCAGCCCGGAGAAUGACACUGAGCGCGGAUUCGGAAUCAGGGCUGUACAGCAUCCUGCGCAGAGUGGCUGGUGUGGGCGUGCAUGUGCUGUGUGUGGGGUUCACAGUGUUUCUAGCUGUAGUGGCCAGGCCUGGGACCAGUUUAUUUUCUUGGCAUCCGUUCCUGAUGACCUUCUCUUUUUCCUUCUUCGUGACAGAGGCCCUGCUCAUCUUCUCCCCAGACAGCUCUCCCAUUCAGCGCUUCUCCCACAAGAUCAAGGGCCGCUACCAUUGGAUCCUGCAGACCCUAGCCACUACCUGCGCCUUGCUGGGAUUGGCUGCGAUUUUCUACAACAAGCACCUCAACAACAAGCCGCACUUCGCCACCUGGCACGGGCUGGUUGGCUUGCUGACUGUCCUGUUUGCUGUGAUGCAGUCCCUGGGUGGGGUCUUCCUGCUCUUUCCCAAACUGGCCAGAGGCUGGUCGCUGGCCAAACUGAAGCGCUACCACGCUGCAUCAGGACUGGUGGGGUACCUGCUGGGCUGCUCCAGCCUACUGCUGGGCAUGUCUUCCUUAUGGUUUACUACUGCUGUCCACAGCCUGGGCUGGUACCUAGCUGCCUUGUGCCCUAUAUUUAGCGCCUUGGUCAUCAUGAACCAAGUCACCAGCUCCUACAUGACCAAGAAACGCUUCCAGACUUAAAGCAGCAGAGCAUUUUGGGAUCAGCCGAUGAUUAUAACAUGCCUCAGAAAUACAAGCUGUGUAAAAUAAAAAUCUACCAGUCGAUUCUCCGUCCAUCCCAGCAUGUACUUCUGAGUAAACGAUGCACUUCAGGGAAGCUCAACUGCAGCACCCUCCCCAGGAUUAAUUUGUUCCCCAUUUUAGUGAUACAGUAUGUAAACUGUUAGGGUUACAAAAUAAAUGUAAUGACAAAAGAGUGUUCCAAUGGAUGAUAAAAUGAAAAAAAAAAUUGUUAGCAAAAUGUAUUCUGCAAUUUACCAUUGUACUGUUUAUAUCUGUAUGAAUAAUGUUUUCACUGAAUUUUCUUACUUUUUUUUUUAAGCUUAAAAAUGAUCAAAAUUAUACCCAUUAGUAUUUUUUUCCUUUUAGGUGAAUAUGAUGUGUGUGCAAUAUCUAACAAUUAGCAGGAGUUGCAGACUCUCUUAAUAAACGUGUGUGCAAGGAUAGCUAGGAACACAAGUAAUCAAACAACUGAAAUGUACAAGUUUGUGGACUUUUACUUGUCAUUUUUACUCCCAAUAAACUGCCAGCUCUUCCAGGCA